AUGUGGCGAUGUGGAGAAAAAUCCUCCAAAUGGCCGCUGUGGCGGCCCUUACUACUUUAUCUGCUGUGCACGGCGUUCGUCAGAAGCUUUGGCGAUAAAACAUGGUCUAUCUCGAUUCCCGAACUCUCUCGGAACACCUUAGGCGGUAGUGUCUUUGAACAUAUCCAAAACAGCACUCUUGGGGUUAGAAAUUGCCCACCGUCUUAUCGAUUUGGUUGCUGA